UGCCUGCGGUUGCGGGUUGCGAGCAUUAUCGUAGCGGGUUCCAGGUAAAAAAAAAAUGGAGGUACUCUCAGUGAGAUUUACACAUCGUAGAUUAUAACGGUGGAUAUACUUUUUCUAAGCACUCUUGCCUUGUCAAAUGUGAAUCGAUUUCGGAAGCUAUGUGCAAAUUUUUCAUUCAGUAUUCUUUGGAUAAUACUAUAUUUAAGUGGCACUGUGAAAUAUAAGCACCAUGGUACAGUGAACACGUGGAUAUUGUUAUAUUAAAUUUUUUUUAGUGUUAGCUUUUUAUAUUUAUUUAAAUAAAUUUACCUUUCGGGAUAACAGACAAUAAUCAUGCGGUGUGAUUGUGUCGACAGAUUUGUGUCAACUCUUUUCAGACGGAUUGGACGCGAAAUUGCCAAAAAUCCUGGAUAUUUUGUCAUCAUCCCAAUACUUGUGGCAGCUUUGUUUGGCUCUGGUUUGCAACGAAUUCGGUACGAGGAUGAUCCAGAGUACCUAUUCACACCCACAAAUGGACGUUCUAAGACGGAACGAAAUAUUGUGGAAACUCUUUUCCCUAUGAAUUCUUCGAAGAACUUCGACCUGGGACGUAUAACACGGCCGGGACACUUUGGCCGUGUCAUUGUCGUACCGCGAGACGGAGAAUCGGUACUUAGGGGUGAGAUAUUUGACGAAAUUGACGAACUCAACAUGAUUGUUCAGAAUCUUACAAUCUACUACGAAGAAAGAGUGUGGAGGUAUGAAGACAUAUGCGCCAGGAAACUAGGUGGAAAUUGCUUCCGGAAUGAUGUCUUGGAUUUCAAGCGGAUGAUUAGGGAGAUGGAAUACAAUCCCAACGUCACAAUGAAAUAUCCCUUGAUGCAAACUCCAAAUCGCGUGUACUUUUUGGGUGGAGCCUUAGGGGGUGUAAUCACUGAUGAAAAUGGAAACAUCAUUAACUGCAGUGCCGCGAAUCUCAUGUACUAUCUAGACUGGAGUACACCCAGGGCUGAAAACAUGGCCAGGCUGUGGGAGGCAACGUUUUUAGAAACAGUGGAAUCGCUGAAUGAACAGUUCGAAAGCAUAUCUUUGGCCAUGUUUGUGUCCAACACCUUGACGAAGGAAUUACAAAAAAAUACUCAAAGCGUGGUGCCCUUCCUCAGCUUAACCCUUGUCAUCAUGUUAGUCUUUUCCAUCGUCACCUGUAUGAUGGCGGAUUGGGUGACAAGCAAACCUUGGUUAGGUGUCAUUGGAUGUAUCUCUUCCAUUAUGGGAGUAGCUGCAGCUUUUGGACUCAUUAUGUACUUUAAUUUGGAAUUCAUUGGAAUUAACCUUGCCGCUCCUUUUUUGAUGCUUG